AUGAGACAUCUAUGGAAAAAAGGUUUUGUCUCUAACUAUUACGUCUGGGUUUAUCAUGGUGAGACGUUUCAAAUUUCUGAUGAGAAUAUAUCUGUGAGAAAUACUGAUGUCUAUGAUCAGCCAAAUUCAUAUAUUGAGAUGGUUCAAGAUGCAUUUCCAUCUCAAUAUAAUGAUCAGGUUACAGAAGAUCCGAUGAAUGAGGCAUCGAAAAAGUUUUUCGAUCUAUUAGAGGCUGCAAACCAACCUAUUUAUGAUGGUUGUAAAGAAGGGCUUUCUCAACUAUCGGCUUCUGCUAGAUUGAUGGGGAUGAAGACGAGUUAUAAUCUUACAGAGAACUGCAUGAAUGAAGUUUGUCAGAUGCUGAAUGAUUAUCUUCCCCAAGGUAAUAAUGCUCCAGAUUCGUAUUAUGAUAUGUCUAAACUGAUGGGAUCGUUGGGAAUGGAAUCGAUAAAAAUCGAUGUAUGUCCUAACAACUGUAUGAUAUUUUGGAAAGAAUCUAACCAGUUGGACAACUGUCGAUUUUGUGGAGCUGAAAGAUACAAGGCGAAAAAAUCUGGUCAACGCAACCGUGUUCCUUACAAAAGGAUGUUUUAUCUACCGAUUAAAGAUCGUCUGCGAAGAUUGUAUGAAUCUCAUCAAUUAGCUUCACAUAUGCGGUGGCAUGCUGAACAUACAUCAGAUCCUGAGAACAUGAGUCAUCCAUCUGACGGUGAUGCAUGGAAGAAUUUUAACGAGGUAUAUCCGAACUUUGCAUCAGAACAUAGAAAUGUUUAUCUAUGUUUAUGCACAGAUGGGUUUGCACCGUAUGGUCAAUCGGGCAAACAAUAUUCGCUGUGGCCUAUUGUUAUGUCUCCUUAUAACUUACCUCCAGAUAUGUGUCUGAAAAAAGAGUUCUUGUUCUUGACGGUUUUGAUUCCGGGACCGGAGCAUCCGAAGAAAAGUUUUGACAUUUUUCUUCAGCCUUUGAUCGAAGAAUUACUUGAGUCGUGGCAUUGUGGAAUUGAUGCAUACGAUGCCUCACAGAAAGAGAAUUUCAGGUUGAAGGCUGUUUUGAUGUGGACUAUAAGCGAUUUUCCGGCUUAUGGAAUGUUAUCGGGAUGGAGUACUCAUGGAAGAUUGGCAUGUCCGUAUUGUAUGGACGAUAUACAAUCAUUUCAGUUGAGACAUGGAAGGAAAUCAUGUUGGUUUGACUAUCAUCGCAGGUUUCUAUCGCUAGAUCAUCCAUGGAGACGGAACAAAAUAAAUUUCAGGAAGAAUAAGAUUGUGACAGAUUCACCUCCUCUUCUUUUGACGGGCGAAGAGAUAUUGUGGGAGCGGAUUGAAAGCAUUCAUGGUUUGGAUAAAACCAUUGAUUGUGGUGGAAAUGGUCAUCGCAAACCAUGUGAAUAUGGAGAAACACAUAAUUGGUACAAAAGAAGCAUAAUCUGGGAUUUGCCUUAUUGGAGGUGGUGA